GCCCGCCGGGUCCUGAUGGAGUAUCUCAUCGGCAUUCAAGGGCCGGACUUCGUCCUGGUGGCCGCGGACACCAUCGCCGCCUCCAGCAUCGUCCACAUGAAACGCGAUCAUGACAAGAUGUUCAAGAUGAGUGAGAAAAUCUUGCUCCUGUGUGUUGGGGAGGCUGGUGACACUGUCCAGUUUGCAGAAUACAUCCAGAAAAAUGUCCAGCUCUACAAGAUGAGGAAUGGGUAUGAGCUAUCUCCAACUGCAGCUGCCAACUUCACGCGUCGGAAUCUGGCUGACUAUCUGCGGAGCAGGACCCCUUAUCACGUCAACCUCCUCCUGGCGGGCUACGACGAGCAGGAUGGGCCUGCCCUUUACUACAUGGAUUACCUCGCCUCUUUGGCCAAAGCUCCCUUCGCAGCCCACGGCUACGGGGCCUUCCUAACUCUCAGCAUCCUCGACCGCUACUACAAACCAAGUGUCACCCGUGCAGAGGCAAUAGAGAUUCUCAAGAAAUGUCUCGAGGAGCUCCAGAAACGCUUCAUUCUGAACCUGCCUUCUUUCAAUGCCCGUUUUAUCGAUAAAGAUGGCAUCCAUGAAGUGGACAACAUACCGCUCCUGAAAGCAGUAGCCUGAACGUCCCGACUGAUUGCCCUCUUUCUGCCUCAGUUUGGCUUUUUUGUACUCUGUUC